CAGCACAACUCUCUCUCUCCACCCCUAGUAAAAAAAAAACUCCCUCUCUCCACCCUACAGCCGGCCGCCGCGGCGUGGCUCCAACCUCUAACCUCCCGUCGGGCAGGCGCUACGAGUUCCAGAUGGCGGCGGCGGCGGCGGCGCCGUCGUCGUGGGAGGAGCUCCCGGGGGACCUCCUGGGCCUGGUUCUCCAGAACCUUCCUUCCCUCGCCGACCGCGUCCGCCUCCGCGCGGUCUGCCGCCCCUGGCGCACCGGCGGCGCCGCCCGAAGGCACCUGCGGCUGCCGCCGCCGCUCCCGUGGCUCGCCCUCCGCGACGGCGGCCUGGUGGACCUCCAGGGCGCUCCAGUUCGGUGCGCGCCCAUCGUCCGCGAGGGCGUCUUUGGCUACCUCGCGGUCGACAACCUGGCCUGCCUCGUGCACGGAGACGGCGCCUGCUCCCUUAUGAAUCCUCUCUCCGGCAUGACGCUCCAUCUCCCCAAGCUGGCCUCUGCCGUGGGCCGGGCGCUCGACGAGUCUGCAUUCUAUGAUCAAUCUCACAUACGAAGCGCGUAUGUGAAGGUGAUACUGUCGGCAUCGCCGCUCGAUUCGGCACUGGAUCCCCUCGUCGCCACCAUAAUUAUGGAGGGAAACAGCAUUGUAAUCUCUUCUUGCAAGAAGCCUGACGCCAUCAGCAUCAGUAUGCGUCGAAAGAGGACCCUGGUCUCUGCAAAGGUCAGCCUCAGCAUGUCUCCGGAGCAGAGGUCAGAGAGGUUUUGUGGCUCUCAAAGGAUUUGUGAUAUUGCCUUCUUCCAUGGGAAGCUGUAUGCUCUCACCAGGCAUGAAGGACUUCGAGUCAUUGAACUUGAUGCUGGUGACCUCAUUGAGACGAAAUCAUUACCGGGCUUUCUUCAGUGCAUCCCUGAUGACCCCAAGCAGCAGGAAGUAUACAACUGCGAAUAUAAUCACAGAUACUUGGUCCUAAGGUACAUUGCAGAAUCAGAUGGCAACCUACUAAUGGUGAGGCGGUGGAUGAGCGUUCCACCGGAUGCUCAGCUGGGUAGCUACGACAGAACAGUCCGGUUUGAGGUCUUCCAAGCGGACCUUGCAACUGCCCCUGGCCGGUGGAUCAAGGUGGACAGCUUGGGCGGCCGUGCGAUCUUCCUUGAUACAAUGUGCUCCAAGUCAGUACCCGCUAGCAGAUGUGCAGGUGGUGUUCAAGCGGAUUCCAUCUACUUCAUGCAUAGGGUUUUCGACAGUUUGUCAAAAGAGUUGUUCGGUGUGUCUAUGGAUCCUCUUGCUGACUCUGGUGUGUACAACAUGAGAGAUGGGACAAUCACGGCAUUACUGCCGGAAGCCGUGAUGUCAAAGCUGCGGAGCAAACCACAAUUUCUCACUUGGUUCUUCCCUGUUGAUGCAUAACUCUUAUUCCCAUCGUAAAAGGUUGUUGGUUAUAAAAUAUCAGUAUGCUUGCUGAUGCGUAUCUGCUUGUUGACUCUGCAAAAGUGAUCAGUAGAACCAAGCUCUGCAAAAGGUGGAGUCACUCUUUGCUUGUUGACUCUUUAUUGGCAAGCUUUGAGAAAUUGGUUGCCUUUUGAGUUCAGUAUUUGGUUUUUAGGA